UUGAAAAGUUCUGCUUCUACAAAGGACACAAUUAUACAAUUGGUGAAACGUGGAGAGAUGCUGAAAAGCCGUGUGUGUCGUUCACGUGCAGCGCUGAAGGAAUCCAGAAUGAAACGAGAGUGUGUCCGUCACAUCACUGCCCCGAGGAGGACAGGAUUUGGGACGAGCAGCGCUGCUGUUUCACCUGCAGAGGCGUCUGUCGCUGUGCUCCUGUGAUGACCACUCUGAGUGUUUAUGUGGAGCAGUGUUUCUCUGAGCUGCAGGUCCCCGUGUGUGACGGCCUCUGCCACAGCCAGCACAGGGUGGUGCUGUCUGGAGAUCUGCAGGUGAAGCAGAGCAGCAGCUGUUGCAGAGACACGAGCUCAGUGCCCAGAGCAGUGACCCUCCAGUGCUCUGACCGCACCAACCGCACCUACACCUACUCCCACAUCACCCGCUACCCAGGCGUUAGCAGCACCUUACAGCGCUAUCAGGAGAAAGCCAUUGUUAGCGACUCUCAAUAGGACAGGAAGACUUUGAUCAGAGAUGGGAAACACCCUCGGGUUGUAAAAGCGGUUCGACACGAGAGGAGCCAAACAUUCACCUCUUUGAAAACAGCUCAGAGUCAACAGGCCUCAAACGUCCCACUGUCCCGAGUUUGUUUGUGGUGUAUUCAAAAGGACAGGUCAAAGAUGUCCGCCGCAGAGGAUGUACGGGACCUCUCCGGACCUCGCUGAACCCUUAUUUCUGCUUUUGCAUAACGUCGCAGCGAAGUCACGUGUAGUUUUGUGUAAUUUGGAGAGUUUGGAGCUGACGCGAUCAACAGGCACGAGAGGGAAAAGGCAAAAGGGGGAGAGACUGGGUUACUCAUUACAGCUUAUAGUUUGUUUGUGAUAAGAUCUAUGGUUUAAGCCCAAAGUCCUGGUGCGUUCAGGGAGCCUUCACCCAUCACCUCCUUCAGGACCUCCGCUGCUGCUUCUCAGGUCCCGUUUUGUUCUUCUCUUGGUCUCACCGGCAUCAUGAGCGUGGCAGCCAAAACUCCACGUGAGAGCUGCUGUUCCAAGCUCAAGCUCUUCCUCGCUGCUAUGGCCUUUGUGUAUUUUUCCAAAGCUUUUUGUGGAGCGUACAUGAAGAGCUCCAUCACUCAGAUCGAGAGGCGUUUCGACAUCCCCAGCUCCCUCAUCGGGGCCAUUGACGGCAGCUUUGAAAUGGGAAACCUUCUGGUGAUCGCGUUUGUGAGUUACUUUGGUGCUAAACUCCACCGGCCCAGGCUGAUCGGGGCGGGGUGUCUCAUUAUGGCAGUCGGAGCUUAUCUCACUGCUCUGCCGCACUUCUUCCAGGGACACUAUAAAUAUGAGACCAGCAUGUCCCACAGAGCUGCAGCUAACAGCACAGAGACCAUUUUGCCGUGUCUGUCCAACCACAGCCUGGAGACAGAGGAUGGCCCCAGUCUGCAGGCUAAGACAGGCUGUGAACAUUCCGGCGGUUCGCCUAUGUGGAUCUACGUCUUCCUGGGCAACAUGCUGCGGGGCAUCGGUGAAACUCCCAUCAUGCCGUUGGGCGUGUCCUACAUCGAUGACUUCUCCAGGGAGGAAAACACGCCUUUCUACUUGGCUUGUAUCCAAACUGUGGGGAUUUUGGGGCCCAUGUUCGGGUUCAUGCUCGGCUCGUACUUGGCCAAAAUCUACGUGGACAUUGGGUUUGUGGAUUUAGAAACGGUGACGAUUACCCAUAAGGACUCCCGGUGGGUGGGGGCCUGGUGGCUCGGCUUCAUCAUCACAGGGACGGUGGUUCUGAUGUCCAGCGUUCCCUUCUGGUUCCUGCCCAAGUCUUUACCGAAACAGGGCCAAAAGAAAACGACGCCCGAAACCAAGGAAACGGAGAUGACGUACGUGGCUGAACAGGAGAGCUUCCUACCGCCCGAGUCGCCAGAGCAAGACCCCAAAGAAAAACCUGUUACGUUUAAGGAGCUGGCCAAAGAUUUCAUCCCGUCUCUGAGGAGGUUGUUCAAAAACAGCAUCUUCUCGCUGCUCGUUCUCAUGUACCUCGUGAUCGUGAACGGGUUUAUCGGCAUGAUCACUUUCAAGCCCAAGUUCUUGGAGCAAACCUUCGGCCAAUCGGCGUCCAAGGCCAUCUUCCUCAUAGGCAUCCUGAACCUGCCCGCUGUGGCGCUGGGCAUUAUCACUGGAGGUUUUGUGAUGAAACGUUUUAAACUCGGCGUGAUCGGAGCGGCUCGCGUGUCCUUCUCCGCCUCCCUCGUCUCCUUCGGUUUACUCUCGGCUCAGAUCUUCCUUCACUGUGACAACGCGGAGGUCGCCGGACUCACCGUCACGUACGAGGGCGUUCCUCGAGUGUCCUACAGCCAGCAGACGUUAGUAUCUCAGUGUAACAUGGGCUGCUCCUGCUCGCUGAAGCACUGGGACCCCGUGUGCGCCUACAACGGGAUGACCUACGCCUCUCCUUGUCUGGCCGGAUGCCAAACGUCCACUGGAACGGGAAAGCAGAUGAUGUUCCAUAACUGCACCUGUGUGGAGGACAUGUUGACUCCAGGGAUGAACAGCUCGGCCGUCCUGGGUCAGUGUCCCAGACAGAGUAACUGUGAUCGGGUGUUUAAGUUCUACAUGGCCCUGUCUGUGCUGGGCUCCUUCAUCUCGGCUGUGGGCGGGACUCCUGCGUACAUCGUCCUACUGAGGUCGAUUCCAGGUGAUCUGAAGUCUUUGGCUUUGGGGAUGCAGACGCUCAUAGUCAGAACAUUAGGUGGAAUUCCUCCUCCCAUUUACUUUGGCGCGCUGAUCGACAGGACGUGUUUGAAGUGGGGCACGAAACAGUGUGGGGGACGAGGAGCUUGCAGACUUUAUGACUCCAAUGCUUUCAGGUUGAUUUUCUUGGGGUUAGUGACCGGUCUUUACGCUCUCGGGAACACGUUGUGGGGCGUUCUGUACUGUCGCAUCGUGAGAAGACAGAAGAAAUUGGAUCGGAGGCAGCGAGAGAAGGAGAACGGACUGGACGGGGCCAACGGAGCGCCCACGGGACACGCUCAGAUCACCCUCGCCCCAAACACGGACACGGACAAAGAGAGCACUAUUUAACUGUGAAAUCUGCUGCUUGAAAACUGGACCAGACAAGGCAAUGGUACAGUGACAGCGCCCCCUGGUGGUUAAGCAGUAUACCUCUUUACAAAUGUUUCAUAUUACAUUUAUUACAGUAUUUCAUUUUUCAAGGUCAAUAAGCAAUUUCUCAACAUAAUUCUGCAAUCGUUUUGUCACUCUGGUAAACAGUUACACAAGUGCUGAAAGGGAGAACCCAAACGCACAAAACAGUUUACACAAUACCUAUGUUUUGUGACUCAUUUUAAGAUAUUCCCCAUGACAAAUGUGAAUUUUAGCAGAUUAUUUUAGAGACAAAUUGUAGCAGUCAGACUCAUUGUUUUUACACAAACUUCCUGAUAAUAGUCCGGUCACAGUGAGACGUGUUAAAGGGCCGAUAUUACACAAAACUGACUCCAUGUUAUAAUGUUGUUAACUCCUCAAAAACAGACCUGGAGUUGUGUUUUGUUUCAUUCACAGAUUUCCAGAGCUGAAAAUAUCCGAAUGAUUCUAAUGUGCCUUAUAAAUCCAGGUCUGUUUGUGAUGAGGAAACAUUAUAACACAGAUCAGAAAAUGGUGUAAUACGGCUCCUUUAAGUGUUUGUGUGAAGCUUGUGCACUAUCACUCUGUUUUUUAUGAAAGUGAGUCAUUAGGAAAUGGAUAAACUUGUGCUAGAGACAAAACGUCCCAUUAAGUGUAAACAGUCUAAUAAGUCAUCUUUAUUACCUCAUAAAUGUCGCUGACCCACAUUCGGACGUGUUGUAACGUGUUGUAACAGACUGUAGGACACAUUGUUUAACAUGUGGUAGGACACGUUGUAGGACAUGUUGUAGGACACGUGGGUCACGUUGUGGGACAUGAGGUCACUGUUUCACAGUCUCCUUUGUGUCUGGAGGGUCAGUGGUUUCUCAGAAAGUGUUUCACUGGUAACAGAUGUUACAUCCUCACUGAGUAGAAAGGUCAGGGACGUUUGUUUAAACAGUAAAGAGCCACUGUCCAACCCCUUCUGAUCCAAGUGAUUAUUGUGUUUUUAUACAUGUGUCACAUUUAUAUGUUUCUGAAACUUAUUAAAAACAUUGAAAGUG